AUGUCGAUAUAUUUUCGUUGGAAUGAUGGAAAUUCAUAUGAAAAAAAAGAAAAUUCUAUAAUUGCACGUCAAUUUCUUUCAACAUUCGAUCUUGAUAUUCGUCAUAUGCCAAGUCAAAAAAUUCAUAUACUUGAUUAUCCUGCUGGUGAAAAUGGUUUUAAUCAAUUAAAAACUUCCUUUAAUAUUCUUGCUCAAGAAGAAAAUAUUUUAAAUAUUGAAAUAACAUCAAAAAUUGAAGAUGAACCAGCUGCUAAACUUGUCUUUCUAUUUUUAUCUAAUCCAAAAGAUUUGUCAACAAAAGUUAGUCAUCUAACAACAUAUACAUCAUCGGAAAAUCCAACAAUAUGGAUUUUAGUUACAGAUAAAUAUCAUCCACGUACAAAAGAAAAAAUUCCAUCUAUAUGGGAACCAUUAACAAAUGCUCAAUAUUAUGAAGUACGACCAACAAUUAAAAUAUCAAAUCAAAAAUGGAUUGGAACAAGAUUUACUAUUGGACGACAAGGAAUUCAUGAUAUGAUGGAAGAAAAAGAUAUUCAUAUGGCUUUAGCACUUUCACCACAAGCUCAACAGAGACGUAGUAGUGUUAUUUAA